GCCCUCCUCCCCUGACCCCACGUGAGCUGCUGAUGCUUCCAGCACCCACGCCUGAUUUCCCUCCUGCCCCACAGAGAGUGUGCGGGACUCCUGGAAGGAAGAUGCCUUAUUUGGGUACCAGUUUCUUAAUGGCACCAACCCCAUGGUGCUGAGGCGCUCUGUUCACCUUCCUGCUCGCCUUGUGUUCCCUCCAGGCAUGGAGGAACUGCAGGCCCAGCUGGAGAAGGAGCUGGAGGGAGGCACAUUGUUUGAAGCUGACUUCUCCCUGCUGGAUGGGAUCAAGGCCAACGUCAUUCUCUGUAGCCAGCAACAUCUGGUUGCCCCUCUGGUCAUGCUGAAACUGCAGCUUGAUGGGAAACUCUUGCCCAUGGUCAUCCAGCUCCAACUGCCCAGCACAGGAUUCCCGCCACCUCCACUUUUCUUGCCCACGGAUUCUCCAAUGGCCUGGCUUCUGGCCAAAUGCUGGGUGCGCAGCUCUGACUUCCAGCUCCAUGAGCUGCAGUCUCAUCUUCUGAGGGGACACUUGAUGGCUGAGGUCAUUGCUGUGGCCAUCUGAGGUGCCUGUCAUUGAUACAUCCUAUCUUCAAGGCACCUAGGGGAGGUUCUCCUGGAUAUCUUCACAGACAUCCUGCAUAGCUGUUAAACUCAGAAGUCUAUCCAUCCCAGGUCUGCUUUUUGCCUCAUAAGAUUUCAUUUGCAAAAGGGUCCCAAUGCUAAAACAAAAUCUUUGAAUAUCAUCAAGCUAAUCUCAUCCCAUUGUUUUACUGUGAGGAAACUGAGGCUUGGAGUGAGAACACCUUGCCAGUCGCAUGGCAUUUGGCCCACCUGCAGUGGUACUGCCCCCAUCAGUCUACCAGAGUAGCAAAGAUUUCACCAGUGGAAACUCAUGUAUUUAGUGUUAAUGGCCUGUCCACGUUUCCCUUUAAAAAGACCAGGAGAGGCCGGGCGUAGUGGCUCAGGCCUGUAAUCCCAGCACUUUGGGAGGCCGAGGCGGGCAGAUCACGAGGUCAAGAGAUCGAGACCAUCUUGGCAAACAUGGUGAAACCCCGUCUCCAUUGAAAAUACAAAAAUUAGCUGGGUGUGGUGGCACACGCCUGUAGUCCCAGCUACUUGGGAGGCUGAGGCAGGAGAAUCACUUGAACCCGGGAGGCAGAGGUUGCAGUGAGCCGAGAUCGCAGCACUGCACUCCAGCCUGGUGACAGAGCGAGACUCCAUCCCCUCCCCCCACAGCCGCCAAAAAAAAAAAAAAAAGACCAGGAGAGAAGGGCUAAGUAAUUAAAUUUCUCCUUAGUGUGUAUUCAUUGAUCAGAUUUUUUUUUUUUUAACCAAGGCUACUUCACCCAUUAGUCAUAAUAGGGUACAGUCCUAAAGCCUGUGAAUUUUUCAAGGGCCUGCAAAAAUCGUUGAGGCCCGAAAAAUUGAUUGGCUUCAAAAUACAAAAAGAAAACAAAAUUGAAAUUAAUAAGUGAUAUAGUUUGGAUAUUUGUUCCUUCAAUCUCCUGUUGAAAUUUGAUCCCUGGUGUUCGAGAUGGAACCUAGUGGGAGGUAUUUGGACCAUGGGGGCGGAUCCCUCAGGAAUUGAGUUCUCACUCCUGGUUCCCGCAGGAUAUCGCUGCUGAAAACAGUCUGGCACCUCCCCUCUCUCUUGCUCCUUUGCUCUCUCCCUGUGAUGCCUGCUCCCCUUCAUCUUCCAUCAUCAGUAGAAGCCCCCUGAAGCCCUCGCCAGAAGCAGAGGCUGUUGCCAUGCUUCUUGUACAGCCUGUAGAAUUGUGAACCAAAU